GCGUGAGCGCGCGCCGCAGUUCUGAUCGGCGCGCGGAAGAUGAUGAUGAGAGCGUGACCUCACCGCUUUCUGCACAGCUGCUGGAGAGAGGGGGAGACACAGAGAGAAAGCGAGCAACAGACACACGUUGAGGGAGACAGAGAGAGAGGUACAGGGGAGAACAUUCACAACACCGGGGUAGCUACGCUGAGCGCGCGGGGACUCUGUCGCGGGUCGUCCGUUGGCUGCUUCCCGCUGGUCCGCCUCCCAGAAUGUUCUGUGCCCCCGGUUCAUUUCUACGGUACACGAACCAGUCGCCGCGGCUUCCCCACGGACACUGAAGCCCAGAUGCUCACCCUCUCCGCCGACAUGGACGAGUCUUCGUCUCUGCUGGAUCUACUGGAGUGCUCGGUGUGCCUGGAGCGCCUGGACACCACGGCCAAGGUGCUGCCGUGCCAGCAUACCUUCUGCCGCCGCUGCCUGGAAAACAUUGUCAGCUCCCGGAACGAGCUCCGCUGUCCGGAGUGCCGCAUCCUGGUGGACUGCGGGGUGGACGACCUGCCGGCUAACAUCCUUCUGGUUCGCCUCCUGGACGGUAUUAAGCAGCGGCCCCAGCGAGGGAGCGGAGGAGGAGUAGGCGGCAGGCAGUCCCUGGCCGGGGGCUCGCUGCAGGGCUACGCAGCCGGGAUAUCCGCUUCUCCCCCGGGCAGUGCGAUCAGAGAGCUGCCCGUAGCCAUCAGGAGCUCCCCUGUGAAGAAUAUCCCAGCGCUGCCUUGCGGUAAAGCCCUCUACUCCUAUGAAGGAAAAGAACCCGGUGAUCUCCAAUUUUCCAAGGGUGAUAUCAUCAUCCUGCGACGCAAGGUGGAUGACAACUGGUACCACGGCGAGCUCAACGGUUGCCAUGGUUUCUUGCCUGCUAGUUACAUCCAGUUGCUGCGUCCCCUGAGCCAAACUCCACCCCAGGGCAAAGCACUGUACGACUUUGAGGUCAAAGAUAAAGACCAGGAUAAAGACUGUCUGGCCUUCAGCAAGGAUGAGGUACUGACAGUAAUCAGGCGAGUGGACGAGAACUGGGCAGAAGGCAUGCUGGGAGACAAGAUUGGCAUCUUCCCCAUUCUCUAUGUGGAGUUAAAUGAAACAGCCAAGCAGUUGAUGGAGAUCGACAAGCCCACGCCAACUAACGUUCCAGGUCCGAGCUCUGAGCCAACCCCAUUGGGCCCCUGCUCUCCUGGUCCCUCCCCCAGCGCCUCCCCGUCCAAUGGAAAUGGCUCUGGUCAUAGAAGAGGCGAAGGAAAGAAAAACGCCAAGAAGAGGCAUUCAUUCUCUGCGCUGUCUGUCAGCCAGAGGGCCGCCCAGCUCAACAACAGGCACAGUAUGGAGAUCUCCCACCCGGUCCUCAUCAGCUCCUCUGACCCCAGAGCUGCUGCACGCAUCCAGGAUGCAUCUCACCCGGGUCCCUCUCCUUCCUCGGCAGGGGUGCUGGUGCCCCCCAAAGUGGCAUCCAUAACCUCUGAGCUGUUGGCCCAUGCCAAAGUGCAGCUGCCACUCAACAUAUAUCUGGCUUUAUACGCCUACAAGCCCCAGAAGGCUGAUGAACUUGAACUUAGGAAAGGGGAGAUGUAUCGGGUGACAGAGAAGUGUCAAGACGGGUGGUUCAAAGGCACCUCACUGAGAACUGCUGCCUCUGGUGUUUUCCCAGGAAACUACGUCACUCCCGUGUCCAGGGCCCCGUUUGGAGUUGGUGCUUCUCGGUGCUCGUCUUUGUCCAGUCCAGUAGGUGGAGGAGGAGGAAGUGGGUGUAGUAAAAUCUCCGCCCCUUCGUCUCCAGGGUCCCCAGGGUCCCCGGGGCCCUCUUCGUCCCGUCCCUCCACCCCACUAGCAAACUCGGUUAACACUGCAAGUCCCGCCUCCUCUCCGCAAACUGCCGCCGCCCAGCUGAAGAACUGCCUGCGCUCCAAUCAGCAUACGGUUAACCAGGCACGCACCUCAAUGCAGCUGGUCCACAGUCCUCCUGCUGGAAGCCCAGAGCGCUCCACAGUGGCCCUCUCCCCCCUGCGUCCUCAGAGUUCCUCCCCCUCACGCUGCCCCGGCCAAUCGGGUCGUCCUCUCUCCAUGGUGUCUCCAGGACCCAGCUUAGGGCCCUCACCCCUCUCUUCCCCUGCCUCGAGGCCCCUCCUCCCCCUCUCCUCCCCUCUCUCCUGCCUCACGCCUCCCAACGUGUCAGCGGUGCUCCUCAACGGGGACCCAGCCAGUCCCUUGCAGCCACCAUCAUCGGGCCCCUCCCAUACCCCCACCCAGGGCGUCCUCGCACCCAAAGCAGAGAAGAAGGAGAGGAAAGCAGGAGGUUUAUUAAAGCUCUUGUCGGGUGCGGCAGCCAAAAAGAAACCUCGCUCACCUCCUUCCUCCCCGCCCACCCACGACCCCUCACUAUCUGGCCAAGGUGCCGUGGCCACCGACCCUGCCCACCAUCCUCACCACCAUCACCACCAUCACGCCCGCUCAGGUUCCUGUCCGAUGGCAUCGCACGGGCGAGCCGGCUCCUGUCCAAUCGAGAGUGAGAUGGCGGGGGCCAUUGGACUGGAGCCUCUGCACAGGAAGUCCGGUUCCCUGGACACCAACUUCCCCAUGUCGCCUCCCGCAACGCGCGCUAGCAACGCUCUGAUGGUCCUCCGGCCUGAACCCAAACCCCUGUCCAGAGAGAGGUAUCGUGUGGUGGUGCCCUACCCGCCCCAGAGUGAGGCGGAGAUCGAGCUGCGGGAAGGCGACGUAGUAUUUGUGCACAAGAAGAGGGAGGACGGCUGGUACAAAGGCACCCUGCAGAGGACGGGACAGACCGGCCUAUUUCCCAGCAGCUUCGUCGAGAGCUUCUGAAAUGGAAAAAGUGGACAAAAGAACAAAACACUGUUCCUGUUUCUGAGUUACAAAACACACACACACACAAGCUUUACAGCUACAUACAUAUGAAGAAUGGACUGAAAUUGGUUUCUAAGAAAUAUACUUUUGGAUUAAAGACGGACACUGCAAAAAGAAACUUGCUUUGACGAUAAUCAGAAUGCUUUCUCUAGAAGUAGAACCUAAUAAAUACUGGCACAAAACAUCAAUAAUAGUAAAUGUCUUCAGAAAUCCAUAUCAGUCCAACUAAUUCACACACACACACACACACACACACACACACACACACACACGCACACAUACAUACAGGAAAGCUAGCCCCCGCUUUGACCAGCCACACAGGAAUCAGGGCAACUGUUCCCGUUGCUCACCCGGUGACCGUGUUGGAUCCGACCCUCGGUUGUCUGGACCCGUGAUGUUGACUACUGAAGGCACACAGACUCAAAGAGCACAGAAAGACAAACCCUGCCUCCCAGUUCUCCUCCUUGGCACCAUCCACCAGCAAAUCCUAGCACAAAAAGCAUUAACUUUGCUUUCCUGUGAGACCUCAGAACUUAAAUUCGGGUGCUUUCUUUGUUUGAAAAGUGCAGAUUUAUCGCCAGGUGAUGAAGGAAGCGUGUGUCCAGUCCAGGAUCAUUGUAAACACAUCUCCGUGUCUAGUUUGUGACAACAAGCACAUGUGUUUCUUACCAACCCAAUAUAUGUUUAUAACAGUGCAUGUAGCAUUAUUAUGUUUUUCUAUAUAUGUUGAAAUAGAUGUUUGUGUUGUCCCAAACUAGUCAUGCUGUGAUGAUCUGUCACAAAACAAAAGGUGCAAAAAGUAAAAGACGACUAAGGUUAAUCAUUCUUCUAUUUAUACAUCUUACAUACAUUUAUACAGCCAUUUGUUUUAUUUGAAUUUGUCCUUUAUAGCCUCCCCACACACACACACACACACACACACAACUGGGUUAAAGUUAAUAAAGUGUCUUGCUGAACGUAGGAAGAAACAAAAAAGUUACGCCAAAACUCUUUAAACUAUUUCAACUCAUUUGUUUUUGGAUUUUUUAAGUGGGAUUAUAGAGACAAAGAAUGCACUUGGUAAUGUUCUACACAAUCUGCCAAUAUAUCUACAUAUACAGUAUUUUACACUCAGUUAUUAUUUAUUUGACAAACGGGAUUCCCGUUGCUACUUGUCACAUCCUUUUAACCAUGAAAGAAUAUAGUUGGUAAUGCAGAGAUCAGAAAGAAAUAUAUAUUCUUGCUAACAAUAAUCCCUCUUCCUCAGCCUUUUCUGAGAUACUGUUGAGAGUUUUUGUCUGACUGCAGCAAUAUUGUGAAAUCAAAUGUGUGUGGAUUCGAUGCUCACGGGAGAAUGUACGGGGAGGGGAAAAGCCCUGAAGUCAGAAGGCAGGGACGCAAGAUUCUCAUCACACAACUGCCAACCUUUGACAACAACUUUCCCUCUGAUCUUAUCAACACUUAACAAGUAUUUUUGUACGGCUUCAGUGAGUGUACAGUCAGUCUGCUUUGUGAAUUUCUACGUCCUGAGUGUGUGAAAUCCAGGCUUGUAUAGUUUACAUCCAGCCACAACCAUCUACCUUGUUUCCCUGUUUCUGGAGAUAGAAGCACAGCGAAACUCAGAGCUUGACUCACUAACUGUGUGUGUGUGUGUGUGUGUGUGUGUGUGUGUGUGUGUGUGUGUGUGUGUGUGUGUGUGUGUGUGUGUGUGUGUGUGUGUGUGUGUGUGUGUCAGAGAGUAAUACUGGCCAUGUAUCACUGAAAGAACAGAGUUAACUAACCACAACCAGGUGUGAGUCUGUCAUUGGCUAAGCACACUUGAAUCGUCUGGGUGAACUGCAUUUUGUCAUAUGGAAAACACUAUAAAUACAAAAUUCUACUUUUGAAAUGUUUUAUUCCCAUAUGAUGUGAGUGCAGAAUAAAAACCCAGGCAUGAGCCCUCCACAGAUUUACAGAAAACAAGCACAAAAUGUUUUGCGUCAAAAUUGCAGACGGAAUCUGACUCAAAAAUGCAGUUCAAUGCCACAGGUUUUCUCUCACAAGUUUAAUGGUCUGAAAAUGUUGUUACAUUAUUUUGUCCAUGUAAUUCUUUUCCGUGUAAUACUUCUUAGUGAAAAAGA